AUGACCUGGUUCUCAUUAUCACUGGGCCCGGCUGCCUUGGUCCGGCUUCACGACGUCUUGAUAUGUCUAGCCAAAUUCAGCGAAACCGUCGCCAUCGAAGCAGAACUAAAUAUUCUCCGCCUAAGUGCUCUCAAUUCCACCAAGACGGGGUUUGCAUCCUUCGAAUUUGAGAAGGAUGUUUUCUUUGAGAAGUACUCGUUCAGUGCGCGUGGUGAUAGUCGCGGUGGAAGUGUUUCAUUAGACCGGUUUUUUUGCCAGAUUUAUAUCAAGGCACUUCUCUCUAUCUUCCGUGGAAGAAUUGAUAGAAACAAAGAUACCGCUGUGGAACGCUGUGACAUGGAACUUCAUGAAGAUCCACAGCAGACAGAAUGUAGAUUGACAGUGAAGAUGAUCUGUGGACUUGGUGUGAUCAAAUCAUACAAGCUCACCUACGAGCCAGCGGCGAUCCAACAUGCCGUCUUCGACAAGUCAAAGGCUACAAGCAUGUGGACAGCCGAUCCAAAAUUCCUAAAGCAGCUCAUCGAUCACUUCAGUCUAUCAGCUGAGCAGCUAGACAUGUACUCCGAUUCCGGCAGGGCAGUAUUCACAAGUUUCACGACGAAGAUUAUGGAAGGCAAAGAAGUCCUAAAACACCCGGUGCACACCUCCGUCGCAGCCGACAAGCGCGACUUCCAAGACUACAUAGUCGAGGAAAACAUGCACGUGGCAAUCAACCUAAAAGACUUCAAAGCAAUAGUCGCCCACGCCGAGACAACAAAUGCAACCGUAACAGCACGCUACACAAGACCCUGCAAACCCCUCCAACUAGAAUACAAAUUCGAAGGCGUCAACGCCGAGUUCACAAUCAUGACCCGCGGCCAAGCAGAUACCGAAGACGUCCCGACCUCAUCGCGCGCCACAAUCCCCCGACAAACACCCGCUCCAAUCCCAGUCUCGAGUACGAGUCACGUUCGAGCUCGACCCUCGGCGCCGAAUACGCAGAUGCCACCGCCUCCACCGCGGAGUAGAUCCAUCCGUCCACUUACCGGUUCAUCUACGCAAGAGAAUCUUUCUCAACGGGCUGGGUCGGAGAGACCGCUGGCAUCUGGCCUUUCGAUGGAAUUCGAUAGUCUUUUCGUCCCUGCUGAUGACGAUCGACAGUGGGAUGAGAUGAACGAAGGAGAAGAACCACAGGAUAUUCUUGGCUGGGACGCGUCCGGGACGCAGGAUGCAUUCGGGGCUUCGCUUCGCGAUACCGAGCCUGCGUUCUCAAAACGGGAUGAAGAGCCUGAGGAUGAGAUGGGGUUGCCGCCUACACAGCGUCUAUCUCAAGUUCGUCACUUGGGCUUUUUCGAUUGA